CAACAAAACAUUUAUCAUUUCAGGGUGUUAAUCACAUGAUAGUGAACAAGGACAAGAGAAAUAAAAUCAUAGCGAGAAUAUUUUCUUUUCUCAUCAAACUUUCUCAUCAAGCUCUGGAACACUGCUAAACACCACAUUUAGUAGUUAUACUUCCUUUUUUCAUGCUUUGCAUUUAAGUAUAGGGGAAUUAUAUUUAGACUUCCUGCUCAAGCGCUGAGUGGUUUCAGAUAUAUACAUUCCUGUUCGGUUGUUUGUGUUGGCAAGAGUUUUAAUUAUCAGAAUAAAUCAGAAUAAAACAUUCUGCCAUGGAUGGAAGCUCAUUAUCAUCACUGUCAGAGGAGGAGUCUUCAAAACAGCUUUCUCUCCCUAAAGAAAAGAACGAAGAAAGAACAUCACUCCACUCAGGACAAGUGGAGGAUUUGCCCCAAACAGAGAGACUCAUCUCUGGAGAGGACCAGUUAACAUUAAUCACAGAAAGCAUGUCCAUCACAUCUGCAGACCAGGAGAAACUUCAGCUGCUUAACAAGAACACAGAGCUUCGCAGACUCAACAAAGAGCUUAUGAAGCUAAAUGAGGACUGGGACCACAUUUACCGCAGCACGAGUGCAGGCCUGCAGCAGCGGGUGGCGGAUCUCGAGCAAGAAAUUUCGGCCCUCAAGCAACUCAAUAGCAGACUGCUGAUCAAAGUGGAACAUGAGCAGAACAAAAGUGAAUAUUAUGAACACACGCUGAUGCAAGAGCUAAAGAAAAAUCAACAUCUUCAAGAGUACAUCCGCCUCCUGGAGAGCCGUCUUCACCACACUGAUACCCUGAAAGACUGGGCUUUAGGGACCCAGAACACAUCAGCUGUUGCCAGUCCACCAGAGAUGCAUGUCCUGGAGCGAAGUCCCAAAUCCUCCUCUUCCACUGCUCCACCUUUAGAGCUCCAUCACAGGACUAGGUCCAGCCGAGCACAUUCAGAGAGCCAAGAGAAGCAGAAUGAUGCAAGUAAAGAAGUUCAGGACCUUAAAGAGCAGCUGGAAGCCUUGAGGUGCCAGACUAAAAUCUAUGAAGCAGACUAUAAAAUAGAGCACAAAGACCAUGAACGCAUGCUCCAAGAAAACAAGAGACUCCGACGUCGUGAAGGAGAGAUGAGACAGCAGAUGGCAUUGUUGCAAGAGCAGCUGAAGGUAUAUGAGGAUGACUUCCAGAAGGAGCGCUCGGAUAAGCAGCUCCUGCAGCGCCUUCUGAUGAAGAAAACUCCAGCGGCGCAGGAGCCAGCACUAAUCCACCGCUGUAAUAAUGACCAGGAGAGACCAAAAGGAGAGAGGAGAAGGUUAAGAGAGGAACACAGAGGAGCUUUCAUGUGUCCAAAACACUGUGAGAACCGUGGGCAUCUGGAGUACCCCUGAGACACACACAGAUUCAGCUCUAAAUCUGAUUGUAUCUAAGGCUAAAAGUAUUACUAUUUUUAUAACUGUGAUAAUGCAUUUAUCAGACAUUUUAGCUUGUUGCUUGGGCCUAAAAACAGAUCCGCGUAUGUUGACAGGUUCAGCAAAGAAUAUUGUUUUUGUAUCUAAAGGCACAGUAUACACUUAUAGUAACAUUUUGAGAAAUAAUUUAGCUUUAAAAAUGUAUUUUUCUGAGGCUUUAUAUUUAGAUUUGUAUGACUUUUCUUAUGCUUAAUUUUUACUAUCCCUCUUUUAUUCUUAUUAGAGGAAUGCUACUGAAUAAAUGCAUUUUAUAUAACAAUAUGCAUUUCAGAGUUUAAUCCUAUUCUUUUUUACUUGCCAUAUAAAGCCAUCCUGGUUAUAACAAGCCUUGUAUUAUGUACCAUUAUAAGCUAAUCUGAAAUGAUUACACCAUAUUUUCUAUUUAUUGUUAUACAUGUUACCUGUUUUUUAAAACUUCUCCUUUUUUGAAUAAACAUACUAGAUUUAAUGUAUGUUUCAUACUGCAUAUUAUAUAU